AUGUCCCAAGGGGUUGACGUCCUAAAGCCGGUGGUCUCCAGCACCCCUCUCGUGGACUUCCUCAUGCAGCUGGAGGACUACACGCCGAGGAUCCCAGACGCCGUGACCGGUUACUAUCUGAACCGCGCAGGCUUCGAAGCCUCAGACCCGCACAUAAUUUGGCUCAUCUCUCUCGCCCAGAAAUUCAUCGCAGAUAUUGCCAAUGAUGCCCUACAGCACUGCAAAAUGAAGGGCACAGCCUCUGGCAGCUCCCGAAGCAAGACCAAAGACCACAAGUACACUUUAACUAUGGAGGAUUUGACUCCUGCCCUCAGCGAGUAUGGCAUCAAUGUGAAGAAGCCGCAUUACUUCACCUGAGCCACCAAUAUUUAGCUUCCUAAAUGUACUUGUUUGUCCCCUUGUUCCCACACAAGCCUGUUUUUAUAAUAAACUUUAUUGUGACA